AGAAGAAUGACAAAACUGGUCCUGGCGAGUCCAAAUCGUGACAGACCGAAGAAAACUUGACCGAUACUGACGCCACAGGUCGUGACGGGAGCUCUGAACGCGGUUCUUUGGGCGGAACCAGACUCGUGACGCCUGUCGGACGUGUCUCUGCUGUCCGGACCCUCUGAUUUAUCCCCUCGCUCUGAUUAGCUGCUUUGCUAACUUGAACAUUCGGGUUGGAUCAGCUGGUGGUUUCAUUGCGCAAGAAGACCCAGUGCGACCAGGUCAUCGCUGCUCUCCGUGAUGGGAUCCAGGGCGUCGACGUUACUUCGAGAAGAAGAAAUCGAAGAAAUUAAAAAGGAGACCGGCUUCUCCCACAGUCAGAUCACUCGACUGUACAGCCGCUUCACCAGCCUGGACAAAGGGGAGAACGGCGCGCUCAGCCGUGAGGAUUUCCAGAGGAUUCCUGAGCUGGCCAUCAACCCUCUGGGAGACCGGAUCAUCAACGCCUUCUUCCCUGAUGGGGAGGAUCAGGUGAACUUCCGAGGCUUCAUGCGGACUCUGGCUCACUUCCGACCGGUGGAGGACAACGAGAAGAACAAGAACGUUUCCAACACGGAGCCGCUCAACAGCAGGACGAACAAGCUGCACUUUGCCUUCCAGCUGUACGACCUGGACCGGGAUGACAAAAUCUCUCGGGACGAGCUGCUGCAGGUCCUGCGGAUGAUGGUGGGCGUCAACAUUUCAGACGAGCAGCUCGGCAGCAUCGCCGACAGGACCAUCCAGGAGGCGGACGCCAACGGAGACGGAUGCAUCUCCUUCACCGAGUUCAUGAAGGUUUUGGAGAAAGUGGACGUGGAACAGAAGAUGAGCAUCCGGUUCCUGCAUUAAUUUUUUUUUGUCUUAAAAUGAGUUUUUUCCCCGCUGACGUCAGGAAGCGACUUCCUCCGCUGUCUCAGACGGCUGUCGUCGUCUCCACUACUUCCAGUUUCUUCCUUAGUAAACCCGCCUUCGCACUGCUUCGCUGACAUAGUGUGCCUUAGGUUUGUGUGUUUUCCACCAAGCAGCAGCAUUGAAACAGCUUGUAGAAACGUUCCCUCCUGCUGCUCGUGUUUAGCACGCUUCUGUAUUCACAUGCAGCAGUUCAGUCGGUGGCAUGAUUUCAAAAUAAAAGUGAGCCACUGGAGCGUCUUUGGUUUGGUAAACGUCGGCACUGGGUUGUACUAAUGUAAAAGAAUAACGGCAAUGAUUUGUUCCUUUUGUUGUUCUUUAACUGAAGCCAAACCCCCUGAAGUCGGUAUGAACAUAGGAGUCUUGAAUGAAUGCCUGACAGCCACUGGAGUUCCUGUCAGAAGGAUUUAACUUUAACCUUCCUGUGUUGUAACUGUUGGAUCUGGGACAUGAUACGAUUUUCCUGUUUCAAAUGUGGAUGAGGGAAAAAAAGCAACUCAUCUUUUAUUUAUUUCCCAUCUUAACUGCUCCAGAUCUGGAAUACUUUAUAAUCUUUAAUGUCAGUUAAAUCCUCUGGAAGCAGGAGGAUGAACGUGUUAUUAAACCUUUUUGUUAAUCAAAAUCAUCUUUUUUUGUAUAUGUAUGUUGAUAUCAAAGUGAUUUAUGAAUCAAUUUGAAUAAACAAGGUGCCAUUCA